AUGUACAGCUGCAAUCGGAGGUCCAAGAAAAGGAGGCUUCCGGACGUGGCGGUUGUGCCUUUGAAGACCGACCCCGCCAAGCUGGCCGACAAGAUGCUGCGCACCCCCAAGUGCUCGCGGUGCCGCAACCACGGCUUCCUGGUGCCAGUCAAGGGCCACUCGGGCAAGUGUCGCUGGAAGCAGUGCACCUGCGAGAAGUGCUACCUGAUCACCGAGCGCCAGAAGAUCAUGGCCGCGCAGAAGAUGCUCAAGAAGCAGGCGGGGGAGGAGGAGCAGGAGGCGGCCGGCCCGUGCCCGCCGGGGCCCGAGCUGGCCACCGCGGCCGCGGCCCCGGGUCCGAGCUUCCGCCCGCCGCUGCCGCCUGCGCCCGCCGUGCUGCCCGCCGCAGAGCCGGACGCCGAGGCCCGCGUGGCCCCCUGCGUGGCCCCCGGCUUCCCGGAGCGGCCUCCGCGCGGGCCCAGCCCGGGCCCCAGCGCCUUCCAGCCCGUGCUGGGCGGCCUGGGCCACGCGGGCCCGAGCGAGCGAGGCGCGGCCACCCCCGCCCCCGCCGCCGCCGCCGCGCCCAGCCCGGCCGGGCUCUUCUUCGGCGCCGAGGCCGCGGGCCGCGGAGGCUCGGGCCGGCCCGCCUUCCGGGGGCCGCUGCCGCCCAUGCCAGGCCCGCCCUUCGCCGACUUCGUCUGGCCCCACCGCGCCUGCGCGCCGGGCUUUCCCGGGCGCGGGAGCCACGCCGUGCCCCGACUGCGCCUGCGCACGCUCCUUUCCCGCCUGCUCCCCGACGCUCCGCCCCUCAGCCUGCCCGCCAGGCCCACGGCGCCUGCGCAGAUCCUCGGCAGCCAUUUUCUGUCUUCCGUCGGAGAGCUGUGCGUCCGUUGGGGACUUCCGUUGAACAUCAGCUCCGGCGGCGCCGUGGGGCCCGACUACCUGGAGAGAGAGCCCGGCAAGCUGUACCCCAGCAUGCGCCCCUUCCGCCCGUUCCCGCUGGGCUACCCGGACGCCGCCCCGGGCACGGGCAUCCCCUUGCAGCGGGACUUCCGGCACGUGUCCUGCACCCACUACCGUGGGGGAGACCUGGUGUCUGAGCCUGUCAGGGACUUCCCACCCAGCUUCUAUGCACCGCCAGCGCCACCUCCGCCGCUGCCACAGCAGCCCCAGUUCCUCCCACCAGGCUUCCUCUCUGCGCUGCACUUGCUGCCACCACCGCCGCCGCCGCCGCCACCCCCCACCUUCUCGCUGACCAUCCUAUCUGACACCGAAAGGGAGGACAGGGAGCCCACGGAUGCCCGGGAGAUGGAGGCAGGGGCAGAGGCGCCCGAGGAUCCCAGCCAGCCGGCAACCCAGGAGAAGUCUGACUAG